UCCUGCGCAUGCUCCACGUAAAUGACAAGCGCUACGUCAACAUAACCUGUACUUGGACGUGUCACCGUCUUUACCUUCCAAUUAGAUGUUUUUUCGUGUAUUUAAACCUUCUCGCUACACACAUAUAGGGUCGAGAGUUCGUGAAUUAAUCGGUCAAAAUGGUGUCCGUUUUGAAUACCGUCGAUACCGCUCACGAGGAUAUGAUACACGACGCUCAGAUGGAUUACUACGGUUUGAGGUUAGCUACGUGCUCGAGCGAUCACUCGGUCAAGAUAUUCGAUUUAAAGAACGGCACUCAGAGUCUAGUUUCCGUUCUCAAGGGACACAACGGACCCGUUUGGCAGAUCGCAUGGGCGCAUCCCAAGUUUGGCAAUCUUUUAGCAUCUUGCAGCUACGACAGAAAAGUGAUCAUCUGGAAGGAGCUUGGAGAAUGGACAAAGAUAUACGAGCACGCGGGUCACGAUUCGUCUGUCAAUUCAGUCGCCUGGGCGCCCCACGAGUUCGGUUUGAUUUUGGCUUGCGGAAGCUCGGAUGGGUCAAUCUCUAUCCUCACAAAUACCGGAGAUACCUGGCAAAUUCAGAAAAUAACAAACGCUCAUACAAUCGGCUGCAACGCGGUUGGUUGGGGUCCGGCAGUCGAUUCAGGCUCAGUUGACUCGGUCAGUGCGACUCAACAGAGGAGUGGUCCUGUUAAGAGAUUAGCCACAGGUGGCUGUGACAAUCUAGUAAAAAUAUGGAAAGAGGAAGGGGACAGAUGGAUAGAAGAGAAUAAACUAGAAGCACAUAGUGAUUGGGUUCGAGACGUCGCCUGGGCACCAGCGGUCGGACCAUCCAGAGCCACUUUGGCCUCUUGCUCGCAAGAUCGCCGCGUGGUUGUGUGGACCUCUAACGAUUACGCUAGUUGGACACCAAACGUUCUUAAUGUCUUCGACGAUGUAAUUUGGAAUAUUGGCUGGUCGUUAACUGGCGGUAUCUUAGCGAUUAGUGGCGGAGACAACAAAGUCUCUCUCUGGCGUGAAAAUUCCGAGGGACAGUGGGCGUGUAUCUCGGAAUUGAAUAAAGAUCAAGGAAAUCUUAACAAUCCAGAUCAACGCGCAUUGUAAUGUCGUUAAUAGAAAUGUAAAAUAUGACAUUUUAUAUAAAUAAGUAUUGUAAAUUAACACAUUUGUUUUGAAAUUUAAGUUUAUCUAAGCAGAUUACAGAGUUAUUACGAGACUUC